AUUUUCACAUUCAACAAUGAGAAUAAUGUCACUGUUCUUCAGCAUAUCCUUUUCAGUGCUUCACCCAUAGAUUUCAGGUUUUGAAGCUUCCUUCGUCAGAAAAGUGUUUACGCGUUGUAAUCUCAUCCACAAAUUGUGUAGGGUUUAUCAUCAAAUGGAAAAUUUUAUGGCUCCUAGAUUCGGCUUUAGCCUGAUAGAGGAGCUGAACCGAGGAGGUCUGGUCUGAAUCACGGUUGAGGGGCAUACUUUUUUUCAUUUUGCGGUAAGAAUUUGCUGCGGAAUGUUGUCUGAGGUGGGCAUUGAGGUGGAGGAUGUGGAGAUGAACAAUGUAGAGCAAGAGCCAAACAAAGAGGAAGAAGCUAAUGUUGGUGAUGGUGGCAAGACUCCUAAUGAGAAUGUCGAGGCUUCCGAGGAUGUGAAGAGGGCAGAGAAUCUUGAGUUAUCUGCCGAGAAAGCAGAAAACGCGGAUGCAAAUGUUCCAGAAGCUAAAUUCGAGAAGCCGGUUAAGGAAGCAAGCAACCAAGAAUCAGGUACUCCUAAGAAAAGCAAACUGACCAUGGAUAAACCUGUUUCCAAACGCCAGGGAACUUUUUCUCGGAGCCCGAGAUUCUUUUCUCAGAGUCUCUCAUUCCCAUCUCGAGGACCUCAUGCCGAUAUUACUAGAAAGAGCAUUGAUGCAUCAUCAAAGACUAAUGUUAAACAUGUCCUCUCAAAUGGAUCCAAACCUAAGGUUUCCACCAAGCAUGCCAGUUUAGGAUCCACGCUCCACAAGAAACAAACUACGCCUACAAAACACGGUGUUAAGGAUGCAGCUCCAGGCCUUACUUCGGAAGUUUCCAAGUUGGUAGAUACAGAUUCUAAACCCGGGAAAAGUGAUAUACCUAGCAAGGAUGAUGAGGGCAGCGGUUCAGCUACUACUUUGAAUUCUACUCCUCGUGGGCGGAGAAGCACAGGAUCCGCAUCUGGAUUUUUGUUCAGGUUGGAGGAACGGGCUGAAAAACGCAAGGAGUUCUACGUGAAACUAGAAGAGAAGAUCAUUGCAGAGGAAAUCGAGAAGAGCAACUUGCAAGCAAAAUCAAAGGAGAAUCAGGAAGCAGAGAUAAAAAAGCUGAGGACGAGCUUGACGUUCAAGGCUAUUCCUAUGCCGAGUUUCUACAAAGAACCCCCACCAAAGGUUGAUUUGAAGAAGAUACCGACUACUCGUCCAGUUUCUCCUAAACUUGGACGCAAAAAGGGUAACAAGGAUGCAACAGGAGGUGAUUCUAGUCCUCGCCCGAGCCGUGAGAACGUUUGUUCCACAAAAGUGACACCGAAACCAAACGAUUCAUCUGUUUUGAAGAAACCCGUCACGAGAUCUCAGCCAAAGCUUCAAACCCGAGAAAGUUCAGCGAAAACCGAGAAGCUAGUGAAGCGAAAACCGAACAAAACCCUUCUGAGCAAGCAAGCCAAGGACGAAGAAGAAGAAGAAGCAAAGAAAGCAGAAGAACAUCAGAAACUAGAAUCUGAAAUCCCUGAAGAAGAAACAGCAGAGACAACUAAAGAAGAGCUGAACGGUUCUUCCAUUGUUCCGGAAGCAGAGGAUUCUUCUCUUAGGAACUCUAACGAGGGCGAGAAACCGAGUUCGAACGUCCUAAUAUCCGAGAUUAUGCCGGCUGAAGUUGUGGUCGGAGGAUGAAGAAGAACUGAAGGGUUAAACGAGUUUCUUGCUACACAAGUAAAAAACGAAAAAUGGUCAGUGCUUGUUUCUGUGUAAAGAAGAGUCUUUUGCUUAUGCUUAAUGCUUCUGUAUUUUAUUUCUACACUUGUGAAUUCGGCUAUGUCCUUGCCUUAUGUGAGCCUUUUCUUUAAUCCUUUUGUUUUGGAAAAUCAGCAAAACAUACUAUUUUUAAUCCAUGUUGUUUAUACUUUA